AUGACAAAAGAAGCAAAAGAAUAUUGCUUUCAAAGCAACAGUUCAAAGGCUGUCCAAACAAAAGAACAAUCUGAAGAAGAAGAAUCCUCAGAAGAAAUGUCAGACGAUGAACAAGCCCUCUUCAACAGAAAGUUCAAGCGUAUGUGGAUCAAACAACAGAAAGGAAAAGGUACUUCAAGGAAGGACAACAAAAGAGAUUCAAGUUUGAAGAAGAAACCGUUCACUCACAAAAGUGAAGGUGGCUCAACCUUGGACAAAAGCAACAUCACUUGCUUCGAGUGCAAGAAGCCAGGACACAUCAAGCCUGACUGUCCAAAACUUGCAAAGAAAUCAGGCAAGAAGCCCUUCUACAAGAAAAAGAAAGCACUAGCUGCUGGAUGGGAUGAAUCUGAGGACGGUUCAGAAGAUGAAGAUGAAGGCGAAGAUGAUGAUGCACUCUUUGCUCUUAUGGCUUCUGCAGAAAGCUCGGAGGAUGAAGAUGAUGAUGAGGUAAAACCUGAAAACCUUAAAGAAGAAUUCAACGAAUUACUUGAACAUUCAUAUACUCUAUCUGAAAAAUACAAAGCUUUAAAGAAACAGUUUGCUAAAUUACAACUUGAGCAUGAAAAGGUUUUAAUAGAAAAGAAUCAUGUGCUUAAGGAGAAUAUUGCUUUGAAAGAACAAGACUCUGUUAAGGAAGUGACUUCUCUUAAGAAAAUAAUUAAAAAACUAAUAGAUGAUCUAUCCAUAUUCACUAUAGGACAUGAUAAUCUAGUUAAACUUUGUGGAAAUAAUCGUGAACUGUAUGAUAGAAGUGGACUUGGAUUUGAUAGUGAAUCAACUUCAUCUAGUGAAUGCAUGUCUGAUAUAUCUUUUGUAUCAUCUGAGAUUGAUCAAAACAAAUUUGUUGUGAAUUACAACGUUGGAAAGUUCGACAACAAAUCUGAUCAAGGAAUCCUCUUGGGAUAUUCUACUCACUCCAAAGCGUACAGAGUUUUCAAUUCAAGAACAAAAGCAGUAGAAGAAUCCAUCAAUGUCAUGUUUGAUGAUCAUUCAAUCGAUUCAACUGAUCGUUUAGAAAAAGAUUUUCUAAAUCUUGACCUCUUUGAUCCUAAGGAUGAUGGAAUCUCUAAAGAAGCUCAACCCUCAGACAACUCACCCACAGUACAGUCCACUGUUUCACCUUUGGAAACUCAAGAACAGUCCGAUUAA